AUACGAUAACAAACUCGCCCAUUGUCAGCGUCUCACACAAAACAAAAUGCCAAAUUAUUAUAUUCUGCGACCAAACUAUGACUUUACUCACUCGACGGACUCGAAUGUUUCGCCAUAAACAUUAGUUAUUAUACCUAACACAAUUAUUCGUUAUUGUGAAAAUUAAAACUAUAUAGUCGUAGAUUAGUGUAUUACUGGAUACAAUAAAUUAUAGUCGUUUGACACUCUCAAGUCAAGAAACUUCAUAUUGUUUAAAUCUUAAUUGUAUCAAUAACCAGACUUUAGUAAACAAUAUAAUCGGCAAUGCAAAAUACAAAGCAAAUUUCGGAAUCCAGUCAAUGUGACCAAGCCAAAUACGAGUAUAAGAAAUCGUCGUAUACGGAGAUAUACAAAGUACUACAAACCUUACACCAAAAUAAAGUUCUUUGUGACAUAAAACUAGAAACAGACGAUGGUGGAGUUGUAUUCGGUUAUAAAGUGGUUCUAGCAUCGGCUAGUCCAUAUUUCCUUGCAAUGUUCACAAAUUUUUCAGAAAAGAAUCAAGAUCAAGUUACUAUCAGGCAGUUGGAUUCAAGUGCCUUACAGAUCAUAAUAGACUUUAUUUAUUCUGGGAAAAUCUUGAUCACUGAACAAAAUGUACAGGGUUUGUUGCCAGCAUCGAAUCUUUUACAGAUACAAGAAGUAAAAGAGGCAUGUUGUGAUUUUCUACAGGCGCAAUUAUGUCCCACAAAUGUUCUUGGUAUAAUUGCUUUAGCUGAUUUACAUAGCUGUACGACAUUGUUAACAAGUUCAGAAUUAUAUUUUCAACAACACUUUUGGGAUGUGGCAGAAGGAGUAGAAUUUCUGUCCUUGUCGUCCGAGAUAAUGGUUAGAUUGAUCUCUAGUGAUGAAUUUACAGUUCCAUCUGAAGAAAAAAUAUUUGAAAGUGUUAUUCGAUGGGUUAAACAUGAUUUGGAAUCCAGAAAACAAUUUUUACCCCAAUUAAUGGAACAUGUGCGUUUACCAUUAACAUCGAAAGAUUAUAUAUGGAAAAAUGUAUUUAAGGAACCUCUUCUUAUUGAUUGUUCUAAAUGUAAAGGUUACGUAUUUGAAGUAUUACGUUUUAAUUUGCUUAAGUCAGAAGAACUUAUCACUAUUCCAUAUGACAUUCGGACAAAACCUAGACGGCCUGGUAGUACACCUAAAGUUAUUUUAGCUGUUGGUGGAGUAGGGAAAAAAGGGAUAUUAGUUAGUACAGAAUGGUAUGACCCAACAAUCAACCAAUGGCAGCCUGGACCAAAAAUGAUCACAAGAAAUCUGUAUGGCGGUUUAGCCGUAAUAAAUGAUAGUAUUGCUAUACAUUUGGGUGGUAAAAAUUGUGAUCCAACUUUUAAAUUUGGUUCUGGUUUAGAUUUAUCUUCAGAAUCACCUCGUUGGAAACACACCUACAAUAUGUUUGUUUACAGAAAACAUUUAAGAGUUGGUGUGAUAAAUAAUUAUAUAUAUGUCGUGGGCGCAAGGUUGGCGAUAUUUUUGUAAACACAGCAGAGGUUUUUGACUGCAAAACUCAACAAUGGCAUAUGAUAUCUAGUAUGUCUACUAGACGAGUUGGUCAUGGUCUUGGAGUACUGAAUAAUCUUUUUUAUGCGGUAGGAGGUUUUGAUUCACAUCAAACAUUAUACUCCGUCGAAUGUUAUCAUCCCAGUCUUAAUAGAUGGAGACGAGUUGCAGACAUGCGUGUACGUCGAAGUGGAGUGGGUGUUGGAGUUUUAGAUGAUGCACUGUAU